AUGGCAACACUACGAGCAAGCAUUCGAGUUGUACGCCAAAGGAAUACUAUCCCAAGAAGAGCAGCUUUAACUCUGCUAUGUUUUGCUUUGGAAUUACAGACACGGGCCGCUGUCGAUAAAGUCAUGGAACUGAUGAAUAAUAAUCCUGCUAUGGCAGCGUUGCGAAUUGGUGUUCGCGCUCGUGGCUGCAAUGGUCUUCAAUAUACUCUUGAAUAUGCAGACACAAAGAAGAAAUUUGACGAAGAAGUCAGCCAAGACGGUGUCAAGAUUUACAUCGACUCUAAGGCUCAAUUAACCAUACUUGGUACGGAAAUGGACUACACUUCAAAUAUCUUGGAUAGCGGUUUUGUAUUUAACAACCCUAAUAUUACUGGUACCUGUGGUUGUGGCGAAAGUUUUAGUGUCAAAUAG